AUGCUGGUGACCUAUUUGGAAGCCAGCCGCGACCUUUGCGAGACGGAUUCAAUUCUUUUUGGCGCCGCACUGGCAGUAUGCCGUAUUAUUGGCGCCAAACUUCCCGUGGCUGGACGUGCUACUCAAAAAAGUAGCGCCAUCCCAGCCUGGAGAAAAAGAAUUGAGGACCGUAUCGCAAAGGCAAGGGCCCUUAUCGGCGGACUGACAAGCUUCGUCAAUAAUAACCGGAUUAUGCGCUCCGUUAGGAUGGCGUUUGCUGGGACAAAUAUCAGUUUGUUCCAACCGGAUAUCACGCAAAAACUAACGGAGCGCAUAGAUGACCUGAAGCAAAAAAUCGCUGCUUGGGGGAAGCGGAUUCGACGAUUUAGCGAGAGGUCAAGAGGUCAAGCGAGUGAUCAGAAGAGGCUCUAUAAAUCAUUGGAGCGACCAGAGGUAUGUGGAGCGGGCCCAGGACCGGAUCAGGCCUGUGGUCAGAGCACGUAA